CCCUCGAUCCCACCACGAACAAAAGCACACUAAGUUCUGGGUUCUACAUAAGUUUGCCGCAUUAGCUUCGAUUAGCGUGAAGCCUCCAGUAGUCGCUUCUCAAAGUCUACUUGCUUCUGAACCUCGUCCUGGAUCGGUCGCGAUCUCUACUGCAACGUACUGAUUCACAUACAACCCCCUCCAUUUCACUCUUCGAUUUCAUUCUACCACUCUCCCCCGGCGGCCAUGUUUGACGACGACGAGCUUUUCGACGUGUUCGACCAGGACGCCCCACCACCAGCGCAAGAUCCCAGCGCUGAGCGACGGCCGAGAAAAAAACGCAACGCAAAUGGCAACGGCCGUGCUGCGGGCGUAGACGAUGUCGCUGCGGGAGAAGCCAUGGCGGUGGACUCGGCUCCGCCGGCGGACAACCCCCACCAACAGCAAGCACAACAGACGGACGAUCUGCCACAGCCGUUGAAUCCACCGUCCCCAAAACGGCGGCGCCGCACUCCUGCGGAUGGCGCCCCUAUCGUCACCGAUGCCUUUCAGAUUGAAGCUGUACGGGAGGUGCCGGCGUCGGGUGGUCUCACUUCGCAGAAUACGGAGGGUCAAUCCAUCAUCAUCCCGCAUCAAGUACGACAUCAGGUUUCGCUUCCGUUAAACUACAAGUACCUACCGAUAGAAAACCACGUUUUUCAUGAUCCUCCAGCACGCAAAUACUCCUUCGAGCUGGAUCCCUUCCAGAAGACGUCAGUAGCGGCGAUAGAGCGCGGCGAGAGUGUGCUUGUCAGCGCCCACACCAGUGCGGGAAAGACGGUGGUGGCGGAAUAUGCGAUCGCGCAGAGUCUGCGGGACAACCAGAGGGUGAUUUACACCAGUCCGAUCAAGGCGCUGAGCAACCAGAAAUUUCGGGAGUUCACUGCGGAAUUUGGCGAUGUGGGAUUGAUGACGGGUGAUGUAACAAUCAAUCCGUCUGCGACCUGUUUGGUUAUGACCACCGAGAUUCUGAGAUCUAUGCUGUACCGCGGAUCGGAGGUGAUGCGAGAGGUGCAAUGGGUCAUCUUCGACGAGAUCCACUACAUGCGAGACAAGGCCCGAGGAGUGGUGUGGGAGGAGACCAUCAUUCUGCUGCCCGACAAAGUUAGAUAUGUGUUUUUGUCUGCUACCAUUCCAAAUGCCAUGCAGUUUGCGGAAUGGAUCUGUAAAACACAUACACAGCCUUGUCACGUAGUCUACACCGAUUUCAGACCUACGCCACUGCAGAAUUAUCUAUUUCCCUCUGGCGCGGAUGGCAUCCACUUGGUCGUAGACGAGAAGGGCAUCUUCCGGGAAGACAAUUUCCAGAAAGCCAUGGGCUCUCUGGGUGACGCCCAUGGCGAGGACCCGUCCGAUAUCAAUGCAAAGAGAGGCAAGGGGAAGAACAAGUGGCAGGUAAAGAAAGGAGGAAAUAAAGGUCCCACUGAUAUCUACAAGAUCGUGAAGAUGAUUAUGAUCAAGAACUACAAUCCUGUCAUUGUCUUUUCCUUCAGCAAGAGAGAGUGCGAAAACCACGCAUUAUCCAUGAGCCAACUUGCGUUUAACGACGACGCCGAGAAAGAUAUGGUCGGGAAGGUCUUUGAGAACGCCAUCGGCUCGCUAUCCGAGGAGGACCGUGGCUUGCCUCAAAUACAGCACAUUCUGCCGCUAUUGCGCCGUGGAAUUGGUAUCCAUCACUCUGGACUGUUGCCCAUUCUCAAGGAGGUGAUUGAGAUCCUUUUCCAGGAGGGCUUGAUCAAGGUCCUGUUUGCGACCGAGACCUUUUCCAUUGGAUUGAACAUGCCGGCGAAGACUGUAGUCUUCACCAGUCUCCGGAAAUUCGAUGGAAAGGAGCAGAGAUGGAUCUCUCCUUCGGAGUUCGUGCAGAUGGCCGGUCGUGCAGGUCGUCGUGGUCUCGAUGACCGUGGUAUCGUUAUACUUAUGAUCGACGAGAAGAUGGAUCCACAGGUUGCCCGUAACAUCGUCAAGGGAGAGCAGGACCGCCUGAACUCGGCGUUUUACCUGGGAUACAACAUGAUUCUGAACUUGAUCAGGGUGGAGGGAGUUUCGCCCGAGAUGAUGCUUGAGAAAUGUUUCUAUCAGUUCCAGAAUACUGCCGGUGUAUCUGUGCUAGAGAAGGAACUUGGCGAAUUGGAACGGGAAAAGUCCCUUAUUUCGAUCGACGACGAGGCCACGGUACGAGAGUACUAUGACUUACGGCAGAAACUUGACAUGUAUGCGAAGGACAUGAGGGAUGUCAUCAACCACCCAAGCUAUUGUCUCAAGUUCAUGCAGCCCGGCCGUCUCGUCAAAGUCAAGUACGGCAAUCACGAUUUCGGCUGGGGAGCUGUCGUUGCUUAUUCCAAGCGAGCACGCGGCAAGGAGGAGUUCUCACCCCAAGAGAGUUACGUUGUGGAUGUCCUCUUGUGCGUCGCGCAGGACGCUCCUACAUACACAAGGUCGAAUCCCGACUUGCCACCGGGCGUCCGGCCACCUGCUGAGGGUGACAAUGGAAAGAUGGAAGUCGUUCCAGUGUUGCUCUCAUGCCUGGAUGGUAUCUCAGGACUCAGGAUUUUCCUUCCCAAUGAUAUGAAGCAAGCCGAGCAGCGAAAUACCGCCAGGAAGAAUAUUGAUGAGAUCAAGCGCAGAUUCGGUGAUGGAAUAUCAAUCCUUGACCCUGUCGAGAACAUGAAGAUUACAGACGAUUCCUUCAGAGCUCUUCUCCGCAAAAUCGAGGUCCUCGAGUCGAAGUUGCUCGUGAAUCCCUUGCACAACUCUCCUCGUCUUGUCGAUCUCUACAACAAAUAUAGCUACAAGAUGGAAAUCACCGAGAAAAUGAAAGCUACCAAGAAGAAGAUCACGGUUGCUCAUUCAAUCAUGCAGCUGGAUGAAUUGAAGUGCAGAAAGAGGGUGCUUAGACGGUUGGGGUUCAUCAGUGACACUGAUAUCGUUCAGCUCAAGGCGAGAGUUGCCUGUGAAAUCAGCUCCGGGGACGAACUGUUGCUUAGCGAGCUGCUGUUCAACCGGGUGUUCAACGAGCUUAGUCCUGAGCUGACCGCCGCACUUCUCAGCUGCUUCGUCUUUGAGGAGAAGAGUAAUAAUGAGCUGCAGUUGAAGGAGGAACUUGCCGUGCCGUUUAGAGAACUGCAGGCGCAAGCCAAGCUGAUUGCCAAGAUAUCGACCGAGAGCAAGUUGGCCGCCAUGACAGAAGACGAAUACGUGCAGAAGUUCAAGCCGCAGUUGAUGGAGGUUGUCUACGAGUGGUCGAAGGGGGCUUCUUUCUCGGCUAUAUGUAAAAUGACCGACGUCUACGAAGGCAGCUUGAUUCGUAUGUUCCGUCGUCUCGAGGAAUUGUUGCGACAAAUGGCUCAGGCUGCGAGGGUCAUGGGCAGUGAUGAGCUGGAGAAGAAGUUUGAGGAGUCGCUGUCCAAGGUUAAACGAGACAUCGUUGCCGCUGCUUCACUCUACCUGUAGAUGUGUCGACAUAUGAGACAAGUUUGUAUAUACCUUACGCCUAAACUGCUCGGAGUUUUUGAUUGCAAACGGUAACCUAAUGAACGAACGUACGUACGGAGAGCCAAAGGAUUGUCAUGAUUGCGUUCUUUAUUUCGGGGGACCUUACAUGCUGGUUUUCGUGGUUGAUUUUACGUGUGAAGACGUCUCUCUUAUGGUUCUUUGUCUGGACUUUCCAAAAAGCAUGGCCCUGCAUAGAGUAGAUUUAGUCUGGGGCUGUUUCCUUAUCCUGAAGCGUUGAGAUCAAAAUUGUUCGCAUCUGCAAUGUUCUGUGCUGCAGAAACGCCAAGACAAUGACCCA